UAGCGCAUUUUGACUGUAAUGUCAAUUAUCGACAGCGAAAGAGAGUCGUGUGUGUGCUACACAAUGCGGAAAAAUACGACACGCAUCUUUUGUUAGACGCCGUAGAAGCCUUUUCGGAUAGAGAGUUAAACUGUAUCGCUCACAAUACUGAAAACGUUUUAAGUUUUUCUAUCGACAACCUCGUGCUUUUGGAUUCUUAUAAAUUUCUGAACGCUUCCCUAGACACCUUAACUAAAAACUUGAAAGACAAAGGUAUCGAGCAUUUUCAUCAUUUAAGAGAACAGUAUCCCCAUCACGUCGAUCUCUUGACAAGAAAAUUACCGUUCUGCUAUGAAUAUCUAAGCAGUUUUGAGGUAUUAAGCGAGCCGUGUUUACCCUCCAAAGAUCGGUUUUAUUCUUCGCUGAGCGAGGAAGGAAUUUCGGAACCGGAUUAUGACUUUGUUCAACGUCUUUGGCAUACGUUUGACAUGAAAUCGAUGAACGAUUUUGUUGAGUUGUACGUGUCGGUAGACACCUUGCUGUUAUGCGACGUCAUGCAAAUGUUUAGAUCUAUGUGUAUGACAGACUACGGUAUUAAACCGUUUCAUUUUGUGAGUCUACCGGGUUUCUCGAACAUGUGUUGCCUCAAACUCACCCGCGUACAAUUACGACUCUUAACUCACCCAGAUUUAUACGGGUAUUUUGAGAGAGGUAUCAGAGGUGGAUGUAGUUUCAUCGCCCAUCGAUAUUUCAAAAGUAACAACGUGUACAUGGGGGAUGAGUAUGACCCAACAAAAGAGACUGGUUAUUUGUUGUACUACGACGUCAAUAGUCUGUAUGCUACUUGUAUGACAGAGCCCUUGGCUGUGGGGAACUUUGAGUUCCUAGAGCGUGACGAGUUUGACAGUAUUGACUGGAUGUCUGUCCCUUACGACGGGUACUAUGGUUAUGCGAUAGAAUGUGAUCUGACAAUCCCUCCGCAUUUACACGAUUUCUUCUCUUCAUUCCCUCCAGCACCAAUGCAUAGGAACAUACCACUGAGCGAAUUUUCACCUUACUGUGAAGAUAUUUUGCAAGAGUUAGGUCUAUCUAAAACCAAAUCGAGCGGGAAAAAAUUAUUUUGUACACUGUAUGACAAAAACAACUACAUCGUUCAUUUCGAAACGCUGAAGUGUUAUUUGAGACUAGGUAUGCGAGUGAAGCAUAUUCACACUGUAGUUAGAUUCGCUCAGGAGGCAUGGAUGAAACCUUACAUCGAUGUCAACACGCACAAACGUAAACUAGCUACUGACAGCGCAUCCAAAGAUUUUUACAAACUGUUGAGCAAUGCGUGUUAUGGAAAACAGAUUGAAAACUGUAGAAAGUACAAGGACAUUCGGUUGGUGAACGAUGCUAACAUAUUGACGAAAUACUACGAGGAUGACUGUUAUUACAGCAACAAUUUGACAGCAGUAUCGUUUGCUUUAGAAGUAGUAAAAUCGACACAAUUGUCUGACGUCGAUGGACCCUGUACUAUUCAGCUGUCGAGUUAUAAUUUUGCGAUGCCCCUCCCUAAGGAAAUGAAAACAGAGAAACAGAGGCAAGAUUUCAAUGAUAUCCUCGAUGGAUACUAUAUCGCAGCAUUACGCGACGGUAUAGAGAUGAGGAUAAAAGAAAAUAAGUGUCCAUGUUCCGGAUGUGAAAUCGAUCAUCCUUCGCAACGCGAACACACGUGCCUCUAUCCCAAGAGUUAUAGUUCCGAGGUCGCGUGGUACUUUGAUGAAGUCCUGAAAAGUCUAUCGCACGAAGAUUUAUUUAGAAAAGCGAAAGACAGCUUCACGAAUCAUGUCAACACAGUUGCCAAUUAUGAUCCGACGCCUUUCCACGAGGAUGAAACGUGGGUUCGUGAAAAUUAUUUGACGAGCGAAAGACUUGGCAAAUGGGUUAUCACCUUAAAAAUAAUUAUGGAUUGAAUGUAAAAAAUCAGUGACAAUAAACGUGUUACGCGUAGUUGACCUGCGUGUUUGAUUAUGGAACAGAUCAAUGUAUACAUAUUAUCAUGAGUUCAUAUGAACAUGCAUUUUAAAUAUUAUGUAAUAAAAUUGAAAACCCGU